AUGUCACAGGGAGGACCUGCGUCUCGCCAUGCCUCACGCCGCUCUUCGAGGUCCCCUGUCGACGACGACCAACUCUCUCCGUCAUCAAUGAGGUACGGCAAGCACGGUGGUCGUGACAUGCGACAGGACCUAGGCGGCGUGCCUCACACAAACGGCGAAACCAGGUCUCAACUGGUCCCCGCGAGGACUCUUGGUGUACACAACAUUCUCAACCCCUCCGAACCGCAUCGCCUGGCGCAAGGAGGUAACAUGGGCCUCCCCCCAACGUCAAGGCCACCGGAGGGCGAGAUCCCCACGUCAACUCCUGGGCCUUUCACGGCGGCCCGCCCCUUCACAACCAGCCAGCCUGCCUCGAUAUCCCUUCCAGGAACGCCUGUAGGCGGAGGGACGCCCCUAGGCGGCCCAUUCUCCGAACGCAACUCUCCCACGACCGCGUUCCCUUUCCCUGCCAUUAACAACCCGAGAAGAAUGCUCAGCCCGAAACCCCCACGAGCUAUGAGUCUAAGUCAGGGACAGGCACCUCACCACAGCGUGGAUGCCCCCAAGAGACCUUACGAGAGCGACGUUCCCGAUGAACACCGAUCACAGCACCGCGGACUCCACCAUCCGCCAGGAAUGCCUCCAGGUCCCGCCGGCGGGAGCCACAACCCUACGAGGUCACUUUCUCAGUCGGUAAUACAAUCCCCAGGUCCUCAUUCGCAUCCGUCAGGUUUGCCCCCAAGUCACUACCAGGGACAUCAACAUCACCACCCGCAUUCACCAAUGCCUACCCAAAGCCAAUUUCCUCCCGGUAUGCAACAAGGUCGGUCUUUCUCGACUACGGGUCCCACGAACGAGGGUGCUCCACCUUGGUCUGAAAUGAUGCGAAGGCAUGGCAUGGCCGGAGCCAUGGUCGGCGCUGAGGGGCAACAGGCCUUCAUGACACUUCCGGGAAGCGAUACUCCGAUCCCUGUGCAAGUAGACUACUCCCAGGCGUCGAAGAAGGCAGACGAGAAGAGACAACGGAACGCGGUGGCAUCGACAAGGCACCGAAGGAAGAAAAAGAUUAUGCAAGAAGAGAAUACGAAGCAGUUGCAGGAGCUCCGGGAUGAGCGGCGACAGCUGGAGAUCAAACUUGAGGAACUAACACACCAACGAGACUUUUACCGAGACGACCGAAAUCGGCUAAGGGAUAUUGUGUCACAAACAUCAGGAAUCAGCCAUUUGGCAGCUGGACCCUCGAGUCCCGCCUCGGCGAGGAGCAGCUCUUACGCAGAGAGGAGUCCUUUGAUGGCAGCCCCUCAAGGUUAUCCAAGCGAUCUAUCAUCGGGCGAACGACCAGCACAACGCCGCAGAACAGACGACCGCUCCGACUUCUCCAUGCCGAUGUACAGUACCCCUGGAGGCGUACAUCCGGGUGCGUCUCCAAGCUCGUUGCCUCCGAUGCAAACCCCACCGUACGGCGUUCCCUCGCGGCCAACUUCAGCGGCAUCGUCGACAGGGGGCGAGAGACUCCCACCCCUGAGAUCGAUGGAGGGGGGGCCCCCACCUCCGACGGCUGGACCAACACACGUCCAAGAGCAGGAUCCCAGAACUGGCCAGUGGGUCUCGGUACAGCCACGCCCGCAGGAAACAGGGUGGGCAACGCGGAGACCCGGCGAAGGCCCACCAAGAUAA